GGAAGUGACACAGCAGGCGCGCGCUUCGUCACGUCACGUCACGUCACGUCACGCGAGACACCAAAGAAGAGGAGCGAGAGGAAGAAAAAAGUAAAGGAGAAGAAAAACAUCAGGCAGGUAACAGCUACCUCCAAACCACAGGCCGCAGACAUGUACAGUGCCUCCCUGACGGUCCUGAAGGAGGACACAGACUCCUGAAGGCUAUGAAUUCCUGUGAACAUGGGGAAAUUUCCGAUGAAGCCAUGCUUGAUAAAGAAAAAAACAAUGUUCAAGAGGUUAAGGAGGAGAUGGAAGAUGUUGCGGUUUGUGGACAAUCACAAGAUGAUAAAGAAGAAGGAGCUCCUGCUACUACAGAGGUCAAUAAAAGGUCAUCUGCUGAAUUUUGCUCUGAUACACAUCAGUCCACCAGCAGCAAAAGACCUAGAGUCUCUAGUGAGUCGAGGAAACGCUUUAUAGGUGAUGGCAGCAGGUACGAACCCCUUUGCCUUACCACAAGUGCAGACAAGGAGGGUAUCCAGGAGAAAUCCAGCAUUUCAUACAAAAAGCCUCUUUUUAGCAUCUUGCAUAAAAUUUCUGACAGGAGGAACACGCCGAGUCUGGAGCAGCAGGUCAGUCACGGAAACCUGAAUCAACUCAACCUAAGCAGCAGCAUCCUGUCGUCCAACCUACAAACUCCAGAGCAAAACUGCUCAGAGGAGACCUUCCCAAACACACAGUCAACUAGCCACACCUCAAAAACAGACUCCAGCCUUUACCCGCUGAUUGAGAAAAUGUUUUUCAUUCUCAAUAGCUUGAAUUCAAGCAUGACUCAGCUGCAUAGUAAAGUGGACUUGUUAACCCUUGAAGUCAUGCGGAUAAAGAAGCAGAUCAAACAGACAGAGAUGGUGACAGAGUUCCAGCCUCCCCUUGAGUAUCAGCUGACGCAUAAUGAAUUGAAUCAGCUGAUGGAGCAGACAGCCAGUCCAGGAGAGCUCAGCUGUCAGCUGCUCGUCCAUCUUUUCCCAGAGUUGUUCAAAGCCAGGGAGUGCUCUCAUGAGUGCAUGGCAGGCAAGAGAACCCUGGAAUCUCUCCAUCUGCAGCUGAUUCGUAACUAUGUGGAGGUAUGCUACCCCUCUGUCAAAAACAACAACAUUUGGCAGGAAGAAUGUCUUCUCCAGAUUAACGACUUUUUUAAUCGCUUCUGGGCGCAGAGGGACAUGGAGAGCGCCCGGCUGCUCAGGAAGCAUACAGAAUUGGGCGCUGGGACAAAGGCAGACCAUCCUCAAUCUCAUAGUAUCAAUGAGCAGGAUCAGGGGGAGCAUGGGUCUGUGGACAACCAGCAGGACUCCCUUGGGAGGUCUGACAUUGGAUUUAGCACAGAAGAACUGGACGAGCUCUCCUCCCCUGAUGACUUUGUCAUCCUACUCGUGCACCGUCUUUUCCCUGAGGUUUUUGAAGAGGCAAAAAUACCAGAAGGCUGUAGUAGUUUGACCAACAUGGGACAAGUGAUUCUGGAGUCUGAUAAGAUGGAGAUUUUAAGAAAGUACAUGGAAACCUAUUUUCCUGAUGUGCCUGAGGAAAGCUGGCUUCAGGUGUGCAUUCAACAUGUAGAGUAUGCUCUGGAGGGUCCCCAUAGCAAUGGUAAUGGGAGUGAAACGGACAACAUGAAUGAUGAAGGCUAUGAUUUAGCCAGCCUUCCCGAUGAAGAUUCUAUUCUAAAGGUUCCAGAAUAUGACAGGCCCAGUCGCAAAUCCAAAAAGUCGCUUCUUCCACUAGUGGAUUUUGACAGUUUGGAAAUUCCCUCGCCUGAUUUCCCGGCGCCACAGGAGUACAUGUUGACAAGAGAGCAACUUAAGAGCAACUAUGAAUGUAGCUUGUCCAUUGGUAACUUUGCAUCCAGACUACUUGUACUCAUGUUUCCUGAACUUUUUACCCACGAAAAUACUAGAAAACAGUACAACUGCAGUGGCUCUCUGGGAAAAAAGCAGCUCGACCCGGUCCGUGUAAGUCUGAUCCGUCACUACGUGCAGUUAGUCUACCCACAAGCAAAGAAUAACAGAGUGUGGAUGCUGGAGUUUGUGGGUAAGUUGGAUGAAAGGUGCAGGAGGCGUGACACAGAGCAGAGGAGGUCGUACCUGCAGCAGCGUAAAGUUUACAGUCACGAAUCAGAGCAGGACUUUCUCUGUCAAAUGAGCCGCCUCCAUCCAGACAACCCGAAAGAGGAUCCCGACAUUCACUCCUUACCCCCUGAGAAAAGCAGCAAAGACUUUUGUAAGAUUCCCCUGGAGGAGCUGACUGUGUCCAAACCAGACUUCCCUGUUCCGUCCACAUACCUGCUGUCAGACACAGAGAUACGAGAGAUUGUUCAGCAGAGUCUCUCUGUGGGUAACUUUGCCGCCCGCCUGUUGGUGCGCCUUUUCCCUGAGCUCUUCACCCAGGAGAACCUGCGCCUACAGUACAAUCACUCAGGAGCUUGCAACAAAAAGCAGCUUGACCCUGUCCGACUGAGGCUCAUCCGUCACUAUGUGGAGGCAGUGUAUCCCGUGGAUAAGAUGGAGGAGGUGUGGCACUACGAAUGCGUGCCGAGCAUUGAUGAACGCUGCCGGCGCCCCAAUCGCAAAAAGUGCGACAUUCUUAAAAAGGCCAAACGGUCCAGCACCAUGUCUUAGUUCCAGGACGUUACACUCUUUGUCAUGAAGCAACUAAACAGAAGCUGAAGCUUUUUUCUUUGAUCCUACCUUUGAUUUUAUUCACUGGCUGCAGCAGCAGAUGUUUUACAUUAGGUAGUCUUGUUAACGUUAGACCUAAAACUCGUCUUAUUUAUAAGUCAAACUAUCCUAGCUCGUCUAACUAAUUUUGUUCGUAAAUGUUGCAGCCUUGAAAAUAACAAUAGUAGCUAAAAGCAUAGGUCACACAGUUUUCUAUAUUAACAGAGUUUAGCCACAAUGUGAAAUAUUCCCAUUGCAGUUAUCAAUGUAGCAUUGUGCCACUUGUGUUGAUGCUAUUGUACUUCCAGCUGAGUCCCUGAUUAUUUGUACAGGAACAUUUUAAAUGUUCUUUCUGUCACAAGGGGUUUAAAAUGACAAGUUUAUGUUAAAGAACUUUCAAACAAAUCUUUAAGACACAAGUGUUUUUUCCACCUUACUUUAAAUAUGAAUUGAUUCAAAAGUAAUAGUAUUUUAAAAGAAUUUAUUGAAAAAAAUAAAGCAUUUCCUUUUGUAAUUCCCGAAAGCUUUCCUGUUUUUCUAGGAUUUUUCUAAUUCUGAGUCAAACACCAUAAAAAUAUUAGCAGUUUGACUCUUCAUAUUAUUUUCUGUUAAAAAAUUUUAAGUAAAAUAGAAAAAAUAUUCACAUAAGUCAUAUCUUAAUUGGCAGAUUAAAAAUCCAAUAUGGUGGCAUAUAAAGGCAAAACUAAACAUUGUCCUAGUCCGGAUGUUUAUGGACCACUGUAUGUUAAGCCUUCUUAUAGAAGUUUGUAAUAUAAUUUAACAUGACAGUUGAUCAUGGUAGCAUUUUUCUAAUAAACCACAUUUGUGUAAAUGG